AUGGUUAAAAUCAACAAUGUGGGUAUUGAUAACCUUCUAAAAGGAGAGGUGAGAAACGGUACUGAGAUUAGUUUCUGGCUUGAUAGAUGGGCCUGUAACGAGUCACUUCGAUCCAGAUUUCCAGUUUUGUUCAAAUUGGAAAGAGAUAAAAUAGCUAGGGUGGCAGAGAGAUUUAGUUUGGAGGAAAAUAGAUUUAAUGGGGCUUGGAAUUGGGAGAGAUCACCUUCUGACCCAGCUACAGUUUGCGAACUGGAUAGCCUUACCAGGUUGCUCAAUGGGAUAACAAUCGACAACAAACCGGAGAGGUGGACUUGGUUGGGAGGAGUCGAUAACGUUUUAAGCAUUCAGAAUGUUAAAGACUUCCUUCUUGGCGACAAGGACUUCAGUGACAGGUUUGUGUUCGAUUGGAUUAACUGGGUGCCUAAGAACUGUAAUGUGUUUAUGUGGAGAGUGUCAAUGGAUCGCAUACCCACUAUGGUAGCGAUGCGGGCUCGUAACUGUUUUGCUUUGGACCCGGUUUGUGUGCUUUGUGGUGAAGAAGAUGAAACAGUUGAGCAUCUUUUUUGCAAGUGCGAAACGGCUGCUCGGGUUUGGCAUUUUAUCAGCAAAUGGUGUAAAACUGCACCAUUUUUUAUCUUCGACAUAAAAGAUCUACCGGAGUUUCACGAAACAUUGAGGAAAGACAAAAAGGAAAAGGAUGUUCUGAAGGGAUUAAUCAUCAUAAGCUGCUGGUGCAUCUAG